AUGCGUAAUGAGCGGGAACGAGGAAAAUUAUUUUUAAUUGAUCUUGCCGGUUCUGAAAGAGCUGCACACACCCAAAAUCAAGGACAACGUUUAAAAGAAGGCGCAGCCAUUAACCGUUCUCUUUUAGCACUUGGCAACGUAAUUAAUGCUUUAAGUGCCGCUCAGAAUGGAAGGGGACGGGCUACUUUUGUUAAUUAUCGUGACUCUAAAUUAACAAGAUUGUUGAAGGACUCGUUGGCAGGUGGAGCUGAUGGGGCAAAGACUGUCCUUAUUGCUCAUGUUACUCCAUCAUCUGUUCAUUAUGAUGAAACUUUUAAUACUUUAACUUAUGCAACUCGCGCAUUAAGCAUCGACUUGAGGCAAUCACGCCCUCGACGUCCAGCAUCUGCUGAUCGUUCUUAUUCUGAUGCUCUAGCAACUCUCCGAGCUGAAGCACAAAAGGCCGGGAGACUGGAAUUAGGAGGAGGACAUAAUGCUUACAAUUCCACUGGACAUUUAGCCGAUGAUUAUGUACAAAGCCCCAAAAGGAGAGGAAAUGUCCCUAAUUAUGAUAAUAAUAGAAGAAGAAACACUUCCCCUCCCUCUAAUCUACCCCUAGUAAUCCCUCCACUGGCUCUACACAAUACUAAUGCUACAAACACAACAACAAACAAAAGAAACACAAAUACACAACAACAAGCUGUAAAACUUCCAAAAAUUGGGGGAACAUUGUUUGAUUCGUUGAGAGAGCAACAUUUGGCGAGUGCUGAGAGACAACAGAGAUUAAGGCAAAAAAAUAAACUUGUUUGUAAAAACACAGAAAAAUACAACUUGGAGAGAUUGUUGCGCGCAAAUACAGAAGCAUUCGAACUUGAAACACAAAAACAGGCACGUAUCUCAAUUCUCGAAGCUUAUGAAGGCCAAAAGGAUGAGAAUGAGGAGAGGGAAGAUAAUCAAAUAAUUAAUUCUGGGGAACGUUUACAAAAGGCUGUGGAAAAAAUGCGUACAGAAUUGGGGGAGAUUGAGCGUCGACAUUCAGUGUUAAUGGAGAAUCGGCACAAGUUGGAAGCGGCUCUGCGUAAAGGAGAACAGAACAUGCGUUCUAUUGAAACGAGAAUGAGAGCCCAAGCCAAAGAGCCACAACAGAUACAAGUAAUUGAAUUGCUUAGUGUUUUGGCUAAACAACAGGCAGAAAGAGCAGCAAUUCACUCUGAUUUUGCUAUUCAAAGUCGUCGACUACGACGACAGGAAAGUGCAUUUAAGCAGCUUAGACGUUACGAACGCGUUGCAGAUUUAUUAAUAGGUGUUGGAGGAGAGAAGGUUGAUGGAGACGAAGAACGUUCCCAACUCUUUCGAGAAUAUCGAAUAUUAAGAAGUCAAUUAAGCAAAUUACUCGAACAAAAUUCGAUUAAUAAUGGUAUACCCUCUUGGAAUGCUCAAAUACUUGAAAGAUUAAAUAAUGGGGAAAGAAAUAUAGUUAAUAAUACGAGUAAAACUGUUAAUAAUGGAAAGAGAAGAGAUAGUGAAUCACCCCCAACUAAGAGCAAUUUCGGUGAGACAUUUAUAGUAUCUAAACAAAACAAUAAUCAAAGAAGUGAUAUUGAAUAA